AUGGACAGAACUUCUUACAUCACCUUGUUCAAACAGAUCAUCGCUUGCCUUGAUCACGUCAUCUUGGGUACGGUGUCCAGGAAAUACAAAAGAAAAAUGAAGCCUGGAGAGCCACUUGAAUCGCUAAGGUUGAUUCUUCAAUAUGGAAAGGAGGACGACGCUGCAAGAGAAGUUUCUCGGUUGAGAUUAUUCGCAAGAUGUAUUAGAACUCCAGAUUACAGACGCUAUUUUGCGAUUCAUGGUCAAGUCUAUCCGACAACAAUUAUCGUUUAUGUGCUAAUCAAUCCAAAAAAUUAUUCUGAUGAAGAACUCAAAAAGAUUUACAUCACGGCUCGCGAAGAAUCCAUUGAGGAGGAGUUCAAAAAAGCUGAUGAGUCCCGUCGCUUCUCUGACCUCGACAAUGUUGAAGAUAACUUUGUAAGGAUAGUGCACGAGUCUUUAGAAAUUCGAGAUGUGAAGAAAGGAAAGGGUGGUGAUGGAAGACGUCGUCAGAAAAAAAAGAAAAAGUCUGCCGUCAAACGUACUACCAAAGGGGGAAGUUCUCAUACUACUAAAAGACUUGAUCAAUAA